AGUGCCCCUGGAAAGGGCAACUGGCCUUCGGGAAAAGAAUGUUUACAUUAACGGUAUCACUUACUAGUGUGGUUCUAGGUCGUCACGGAUAAUAGAUGAAAAUGAAUCUUGCAUGAUGAAUGAAAAAAUGACUUGAAUUCGACUGGGUCAGAGGUGCCCCUUUACUCCGCCGCUUAGGCGGAUAUCGCAGAUUCCUCAUGAGACGUCUUCGGAGACGGGACAUUGGGGGACCAGCAUGCUCUGUGAACACGACCGUCUACUUUAUUUGUGCGGUAUUGUAUCAGUUUUGCUGGUCGUCGUCAUCAGUUUUGGCUGAGGAACAGCCGUUGAUAAAACUCGAAAAUUUUCUGUUACGGGAUGAUCUGGAGGCCAGUGAUGCAGAAGACGACAAAAACGGUUCCAGUGGUAGAAGCAUAGCUCGUAAAAACAACGUGUUGCCCGCAACAACCAAGAAGAAAGGAGAGUUGACAUUCAAGUUGCAUCAAGGUCCGCAGCAUCACGACAAGGAAAAUCAAGUACUUUCAUCAGGUAAAGACGACCCUUCUUCUUCACCAGAAGAUGCUUCACCUUCUGCUUCGCUCAGCAAAGACGAGGGAAUCACAAGGACUCAAACUACAGAACUCUCGAAUAGGAGUCAGACUACUUUGAAGAGCGUGAGGGCAAAAAGGGCUGUCGCAGUAGCUAGGAAAAGGAAGAGUCUAGAGGACGCUAGAACAAAAGCAUGGUCAUCGUCUACAAAAAAGAGUAGAAUAUCUUCAUCCUCGCGAACAAGUUCUAGAAGAAGAGGCGAUCUCGAUUACAUCAAAGUAUCGGAAUCAAUAACUACCUCAUCAGAUGAAAAAAGCGGAAAAAGAAGUAGCGCAGGACAAGUUAGCCAGGACAACAACGACAGGAACAUCAAGCAAUCACGGAGCCACGACGUCGAGGACGAUGAAGUUAGGGAAGGAGAGGCGAAGGAAGAACUACAAGGGAAUAGCAUCGAGUCCGAGACUGAGAUAGCGGAAUUGAAGGAGCGGAUUCGAAAAGUACGGUUACAACUAGGACGUUCGCAGAGAGAACAAAUGCAACUCGCCAACCGCAAGAAAAGUCUAGCGAACUAUGAGAAAAUGAACUCAGGAAGAAGUUAUGAGAGGCUACUAAUAUUCACUGCAAUGCCAACCAUAUUUCAAACACGACUUCGUUUGUUGUAGUCUUGGAUUUUUAUAUCAAUGUUUCAAAUCAUGAUCUGAUCAAGUUAUGUGUGUGUGAGCAUCAACACCUUGUAAUUGUAUGCGACGAGCAUGUGAACCAACAACGGAUCUGAGCAAUAAACCCGAGGAACCUCAACCAACCCUAAGCAAACCCGAUUUACAUCCUCUAAAAAAUGUUUCAAGGCACCACGCGCAAAAAGACGCUUUCUUCCAGCAGAGGGCUGGGCACUGUGGCUGCUGAUAAUCAAGGCACCAGGCGUGAGGUAGUAGACCAAAAGCUGUUGAGAGAAGCACGAAGGAAGAAACUUGCAGAGAGGACGCAAGCGUCGCUGAAGGCGCAGGAGGAUGAUAGUGGUGAACGUGUUGAAGUUGAUGGCAGCAAGAUAGUAGAGGAAGAAAGUGGUGAUCGCGAUGUUGAACAAGGAGGAGAGUCACCUUCAAACAAUCAGGAUGCGGCUGAUAGUGUUGCACAUGUCGAAGAUGCCACGAGAGUAGAAGGAGAAGCUCAGAAAACGUCACAGAAGUCUAUGCGGUUCACUACAACAGUGGAGAACAAGAACGAAGUAGAGCAAGAAGAGGACAGCAAUGGCGAGAAUGGGGAUGAGCAGUCGUCUGAUGUUGAGGCGGAAAGUGAGGAGGAUGCAGAUUCAAAGUUAAACGUCAAGCAGAGUGUGACGAGGUCGAGGAACAAACGAGCGCAGCAGCUCAUCGGAGCACGAGCAGAGGCCACUAGUGAUGCCACGAUUAUGCCAAAGAUCAAAAAUAUCAGGCAACCUCUAAGUUUUACUACUCUUGAGUUUGCUUCGAUGGCUCCGCGAUCAUACCUAUUCAGUCAUGAUCUUAGAGUUUCAUAUUACAUGAGCAGAUUGUUUACUGUACCUACCUGAAUCUCGUCCGAACUCACCCAGGAAGUCCUGUAAGAAACCCCUUCAUACUCUAUCAGAAGGCCCAAGUGACUGCCACGAGUACAGUUCGUGGUACGAGCAUAGUGCCACCAACUUGCAGAAUGAUUGAACAGAAUAGUUUUGUUGAAGACCAGUCUACUUGCGAUAGCGCCUGUGAAGAACGCAACUACGUUGGAUGCGAUAAGGUCGCCUAUUAUACUUAUGGGUAAAGUAGAGUAAAUCUGGCUCAUUUUUCAAAUUUCUAAUACAAGAAGUAGAUAGUUCCGUCUCCUAUUAUUUUCAUGUUUGGGUAUAGGAUGGUCGUUUGUCUACAUUUGGAACUUCCUUCUGUGAACUAGGAUCAUUAAGUAAGACCACAUGUAGUCUUUAGCAGAACUUUCCGAGCGAGAGAAAACCCAAAUUUGUAUGUGCUUUGUGCUUUCAUACGGCACGCGACGACAACUGGCCAGCCACAGAGAAGUGCAGAUGCGUGAAGAAUAACGCCUCGUGCACAGCUGCAGACUUAUGAGAAUAUUCAGUAGGUAUGUAAAUUCGUAUUUUCGCCGCUGCAGAGGGAGGAUCAUCUGUUCUUGGUUCCUCAUAUCUAUUUAUCAUUUUUAUACCUCGCCGGACUAUCUAUGCCCAAUAAAGAAAUGCAUGACAAUGACUAUCCAGCUAGUCCUCGUUGCUCUUUAGGGGCCAAAAUUUCUCGCUCUUCAUCAUACGCAAAUGAUCCGGACGAUGCUGCGAAUUUCGACACUAUCUGCGAGGGGCCCCGCUACUUUCACGCGCUUCCCUUGAAGACACCAGUUUUCGACAUAUCCAACUUCGCGGAAAAAAAUGUAUGGUCACAAAAAUAAGACAAUGACAGGCUUCAAAUGCAUGUGAUUGAUCAGGUCGAGGUCGCAUGCUUCCCUUUUUAUCUUCUAUGCUGUCCAGGAACAUUUGACAUCUCAUAUGGUGAUCUUCCUCUCCAUUCUAGAUAAGUACAUUCUGAUUGAUAUCAUCAUGGUAGAAUCCUCCAUGAUAAAAGAAUAGGUUGAUCAAUUUGCUGAGACUCACUGUUCGUCCCAACUCCAGGAAAAAAGGAGGCCCGCUUUCAUUUAAUGCCGUGUUGAUCAUCUCUUGCAGCGGAGGCGCUACCGUUCUCUUGUUGAUCUACUGCUUCUGCCUUGCUGCGUUUCUGGGUCUCAUCUACUCACUCUUCGAAUUCAUACUUUUCUUUCCUUGGAAUAUGAUGUGAGGAGCUCUCAGGGGCUACGGGAGGAGACACCAGUAUCAGAAGUGUCCAUUUAUCGAGUAGAAGUUUAUGAUUGUCUCAUAGAAUGAAGAACUGAACAGCGCAUCAGGUCAAGUAUGUACUUGUAUAAGACAAAACACAUCAACGUUGGAUUGAAGAAAAUGUACACCUGCAUAUAAAUCGACUCGAUGAAAAAUGCCCAAGGCAUUUCAUCCAAACGCGUCGUGAGGAAUCACGUCGUUUUGAUUUCUCUCCAGCGAAUAGGGGUGAAUCUUUGUAGCAGGAGGAACUUAUACUUAUCCGAAUACUAUUACGCCUAAAUUCUGACCAUAAAUGGUAGUCGGAACCGUAAUGUUUUCAUUUUUCAUUUUCAGAGAAUUAAGAAUGUACCGCACUAGUGACAGCGUCCUAAUAUAACUAGCAACGAAAACCCAAUACUUGUUUCUAGACAAGAGUUUUUUGAUUCGAGAAUACAGAUUUUUAUCAUUCACAGUGCUGGCUGAUACUCUUAGAGUCAACUAUUGCGAAGCAAGUACGAACAGCAAGCCAUGCAUGAUUAUGCCUUUGGAAAUACAUUCCUAAAAGCCGGCCCACUCUGUUAUGACGUAACCCAAUGAGAC